UAUCAUAAAAUCACCCUUAGUCCCACAUGGUAAAAUUAUCACGUUUUUGUCGUUUUCAAAGAUGAAAUAAAAAUUUUACAAUUAAAUGGCUCAAUUGUCUGCGUUGAACAGCAGGUUUGUCAAGUUUGGGAUCCCCUUUGUAAUUUUCAUCGUCGGAGGAUCUUUCGGAUUGAAGGAAUUCACUCAGAUUCGAUAUGCAUAUGGGAAAAAUAAACUGCUUGACCCUGAUACAUUAAAAGAGUACGGUAUUGACAUGAAAAAGCCUGGAGAAGUUACUUUAGAAUCGGAGUAUGAGAAGAUAAAAGGGUUGGCGAAUCAAGAAUGGGAAAACAUAAGAGGCCCGAGGCCAUGGGAGCCAGACACAUUGACGGAGAAGAAAUAAUAUUAUUUAUCUGUAUAUUUCAUUGUAUACUGUAACAUUUAAAAGAAAUAAGAGUAGAAACAGAUUCUGUAGUCAGAGAACUGCUAGAAAAGAAGUAUGAAGAUUUGUAAAAUAUUUGAAACUGAACGUUCCUCCAUUGUUUUGCUAAUUUGUCAAAUAUGUUACAAUAUUUAUUAAACAUAUAAAGUUAUAUGUUUAGAUGAUUAAUUAUAAUUAUAAUAAUAUAU